CCUCACGCCGGCCGCAGGGCGGGCCGACGCGUACGCCGGGUGACGCUCGGAGGAGGAAGCGCAGCCCCUUCCCCUCCCUCGCCGCCCCGGGCCCAGCGGGAGCCCCCCAGUGCGCCUGUGCGGAGGCCUGCUUGAUUAUGUGUGCCCUCCUCGGGCGGCGGCGUUAGCGGCCGGGUGGAGGUGGGGAGGGAGGACGCCGCGGAGGAGGAGGAGGAGGAGGAGACGGUGGCGGGGAGGUGGGGGGAGUCAGCAAGGACAUGGCUCCUGACUCCUGUGCGGAACGUGAGUGACUGAGCGGCAAAGCCCGAAUGGUCUCUAGCGACCGGCCCGUGUCACUGGAGGACGAGGUCUCCCAUAGUAUGAAGGAAAUGAUUGGAGGCUGUUGCGUUUGCUCAGACGAGAGAGGCUGGGCCGAGAACCCGCUGGUUUAUUGCGACGGGCACGGCUGCAGCGUCGCGGUGCAUCAAGCUUGCUAUGGCAUUGUUCAAGUACCUACUGGACCGUGGUUUUGUAGGAAAUGUGAAUCUCAGGAGAGAGCAGCCAGAGUGACUCUCUACUACAUGAGGCUGGAACCAUGACUGCUGGCAGCUCUUGGCUUUCAUCUUCCCAGCCCCUUCUACCAGGAAAAGGGGCUCUUUUGAAGAAUCCUGAGAAGGACUCUGAUUGACCUGUCUUGGAUCAUGUACCCAUCAUCCCUCUGGCUGGAGUGGGGAGGGCUCUAUGAAUUGCAACCCUCACUAGAACUACAUAGUUGGAGUCAGGGCUCUCUACUCAGUGCUGGUCUCCCUUGUGAGCUCUAGCCACCUUGGCUUCCUUGGACUCCCAGCUCCAUUUCCUCAACUUGGGGAGACCACAGGCCCUGUCUGGGUUCCUCCUCCUUGUUCCUCGGCCUGAAAACUCUCCCAAGGCAUUGUUGCUUACUGUGAGCUAAGACACUUUGCCUAACCCUGAAGUCAUGAAGAGAUGUGAGCUGUGUCCCCAUAAAGAUGGAGCUUUAAAAAGAACAGAUAAUGGGGGUUGGGCUCAUGUGGUUUGUGCCCUCUAUAUUCCAGAGGUACAAUUUGCCAAUGUUUCUACAAUGGAGCCAAUCGUUUUACAGUCUGUCCCACAUGAUCGUUAUAAUAAGACUUGCUAUAUAUGUGAUGAACAAGGACGAGAAAGCAAAGCAGCCACUGGUGCUUGCAUGACAUGUAAUAAACAUGGAUGUCGACAGGCUUUCCAUGUAACAUGUGCUCAGUUUGCCGGGCUGCUUUGUGAAGAAGAAGGGAAUGGCGCAGACAAUGUUCAAUACUGUGGCUACUGUAAAUACCACUUUAGUAAGCUGAAAAAGAGCAAACGGGGAUCUAAUAGGUCAUAUGAGCAAAGUUUAAGUGACUCUUCCUCUCACUCUCAGGAUAAGCAUCAUGAGAAAGAGAAAAAAAAAGAAGAAAAGAAGCAUGAGGAUGAGUUAAGAAGAAUUUGGUCCAGAAAGAAGAACAGAAGCAUGAGGAAAUAUAAAGAAAAGGACAAACACAAACAAAAACACAAGAAGCAACCAGAACCGUCACCUGCCUUGGUUCCUUCUUUGACUGUUACUACAGAAAAAACUUAUACAAGCACUAGCAACAACUCCAUAUCUGGAUCAUUGAAGCGCUUGGAAGAUACUGCAGCAAGAUUUACAAAUGCAAAUUUCCAGGAAGUCUCUGCCCAUACCUCUAGUGGAAAAGAUGUUUCAGAGGCUAGAGGGUCAGAGGGCAAAGGGAAGAAAUCUUCAGCUCACAGCUCAGGUCAAAGGGGAAGGAAGCCUGGUGCAGGAAGAAAUCCAGGAACAGCUGUGUCAGCAUCUAGCCCCUUUCCACAAGGCAGUUUUUCAGGAACUCCAGGCAGUGUAAAGUCAUCUUCUGGAAGUUCAGUGCAGUCUCCCCAGGACUUCUUAAGCUUUACAGACUCAGAUCUGCGAAGUGACAGUUACACUCACACCCAGCAGCCAUCAUCAACCAAAGAUGUACAUAAAGGAGAGUCUGGAAGCCAGGAAGCGGCAGUAAACAGUUUUAGCUCUUUAGUUGGUCACCCUGUGACCUCGACUGUUAUUUCACAGCCUAAAAGCUUUGACAAUUCACCUGGAGAGUUGGGUAGUUCGAGCCUCCCUACAGCAGGAUAUAAGCGGGCUCAGACUUCUGGUAUAGAAGAAGAAGCUGUAAAGGAAAAGAAACGAAAAGGAAAUAAGCAAAGCAAACAUGGCCCCGGCCGACCCAAAGGAAACAAAAAUCAAGAAAAUGUUUCUCACCUCUCAGUUUCUUCUGCUUCACCAACAUCGUCCGUAGCAUCAGCUGCAGGAAGUGUAACAAGCUCUAGUCUUCAGAAAUCUCCUACGCUGCUCAGGAAUGGAAGUUUGCAGAGUCUUAGUGUUGGCUCGUCUCCAGUUGGCUCAGAAAUUUCCAUGCAGUAUCGACAUGAUGGAGCUUGUCCAACAACUACCUUCUCAGAGUUGCUGAAUGCAAUACACAAUGGUAUUUAUAACAGCAAUGAUGUAGCCGUAUCCUUUCCAAACGUGGUGUCUGGCUCAGGAUCUAGUACUCCUGUCUCUAGCUCUCAUAUACCUCAGCAGUCAUCUGGUCAUUUGCAACAGGUGGGAGCUCUCUCCCCCUCAGCUGCGUCAUCUGUAACCCCUGCUGCUGCUACAACUCAGGCAAAUACCGUUUCUGGAUCUUCUCUCAGUCAGGCACCAGCCCAUAUGUAUGGCAGUAGAUUAAAUCAGAAUCCAUCCAUGGCAGUUCUCAUAGCUCAGUCUGAAAGCAGCCAAACAGAUCAAGAUCUUGGAGACAAUGCCCGUAGCCUGGGUGGCCGAGGAAGCUCGCCCCGAGGAAGCCUCUCUCCGAGAUCCCCUGUGAGCAACUUACAGCUUCGCUAUGAUCAACCGAGCAAUAGCAGUUUGGAAACUGUGCCUCCAGUAGCAGCAAGUAUUGAACAGCUCUUGGAGAGGCAGUGGAGUGAAGGACAGCAGUUUUUACUAGAGCAGGGGACUCCUGGUGACAUUCUAGGAAUGUUAAAGUCAUUACAUCAACUUCAAGUUGAAAAUCGAAGAUUAGAAGAACAGAUCAAAAAUUUGACUGCCAAGAAAGAACGUCUUCAGUUGUUGAAUGCACAGCUUUCAGUGCCUUUCCCAGCCAUAACGACAAACCCCAGUCCGUCCCAUCAGAUGCACACAUACACAGCACAGACUGCUCCUCCUCCUGAUUCCCUGAACAGCAGUAAGAGCCCACAUAUAGGAAACAGCUUUUUACCUGACAAUUCUCUUCCUGUAUUAAAUCAGGACUUGACCUCCAGUGGACAAAGCACCAGCAGUUCUUCUGCUCUUUCUACUCCCCCUCCUGCUGGCCAGAGUCCUGCUCAGCAGAGCUCUGGAGUCAGUGGGGUUCAGCAGGUGAAUGGCGUGACAGUGGGGGCACUAGCUAGUGGGAUGCAGACCGUCACAUCCACCAUCCCAGCUGUGUCCGCAGUGGGUGGAAUAAUUGGAGCUCUGCCAGGUAACCAACUGGCAAUUAACGGCAUUGUGGGAGCUUUAAAUGGUGUGAUUCAGACUCCAGUCACAAUCUCCCAGAACCCUGCCCCUCUCACCCACACCAGUGUACCACCUAAUGCAGCGCAUCCAAUGCCGGCCGCCGCACUGACCAACAGUGCCUCGGGACUAGGGCUGCUGUCGGACCAGCAGAGACAGAUGUUUAUCCAGCAGCAGCAGUUCCAGCAGCUGUUAAACUCCCAGCAGCUCACACCCGAACAGCAUCAGGCCUUCCUAUACCAGCUGAUGCAGCAGCAGCACCACCCGCCUGAGCUCCAGCAGCUGCAGCUCCCGGGACCCACGCAGAUCCCCAUCAACAAUCUCCUUGCAGGUGCUCAGGCGCCUCCACUCCACACAGCUACCACCAACCCCUUCCUCACCAUCCACGGGGACAGCACGAGCCAGAAGGUCACAGUAAGUAUGUUUUGUGCUGCAUCUUGGAAGCAGGGUGAGCCAAGUUGGAUGGUCUUGUCUUUUUCCAUGUUAUUCCCCCGACCUUUUCUUCUUAGGGCCAGUUGUUUUAGCAGCUGGAUAUUGCAAACUGAGUGUCUAAGCUAACUUAAUUUACGCCUCUCUUAAGUAUAUCAUAUAAGGUUAUAAGGCCGUUUGUAAUACAGCAUUUUCUAAAAUGUUAGCAAGAUAUAUGAAAUUAGCCCAUUCAAACAGAUUGGUUUUUUUUUUUCUGCUUUUAAAAUGGAGUCACAUUUUUGAUAUGGUAAAAUACACAAAAUUAGGGCAGAAUUCCUAACAUUAUUCCAGAUUCCUUGAGAAAAUCAGUUGCUGUGCUGCAGAGAUGUCCACACCAACAGCAUCCAAAGCCCCGCUGCUCUCAGCACCUGUCACUCCAGCUCCAGGAUGCCCGGCUCACUUUGUUUUUCUGUAGGCACCUGCACACAUACACACAAUAGAAAUGUUCCCAAAACUUAAUUACAGUCACAAUUUUAAUAAAAUGUAAAAUUUAAAUUUUUUGACCUUAUAAUUUGUAAGUCAUAGUAUCUCAUCCUUGAGGGGCAAAGGUCAACACGUGAGCAACCUGCACAGGGGCUCCUGUUUUAGGAAGUCCUGCAGUGCAGACAAGGAGACCUGGUGCCAGGAGGGGAAAGAAUCCAAGGGCCAGAGGGACGCCUGCAAAUCUGAGUACUGGUAUUACCAUAUUCAUUGCUUUGAGAUUUUUCUCUCGUUUUAACCUUCAGAAACAUUAGUUUUCAUUUAGUAAUGAACACUGGUUCCGAAUGUGGGCUAACUGCCGAGUGCUUUCUGUUUGUCCUCUCCUGUGUGCCUGCUUCCUAAGUGUGGGAGCUGUUACCGUGCAUCUUGCCCGCUUUCCCUACGAAGGAGUCUAUGCUUAUAUAGACAUUUGACACACUUUAUUGUGCUUUCUGCUCAUGGAUAUUUUCCACAUUAAAAAUAGAUUAAUUUUUAGUGGAAGAUCCACAAUAAAGAAUGAGAGUAACCAGCUUCUUGGGGGGGGGGGGGCAACAGCACAUAAGCUCAGCUGCUCGGUGGCUAAAGCUGGAGGGUCAUGAGUUUGUGGACAGAUAUAUAUAUAUGCCCCAUAUCUAUCCGCCCCUCCCUUCCCCGCCUCCCCCCUCUCCUUCUCAGGCCCCCCUCCCCAAGACAAGGACUCUGUAUAGUCCUGGCUGUACAGGAACUCAGUAUGUAGACAAGGCUGGCCUUGAGCUCAUAGGACCUGUUUAUCUCUGAUCCGUUCUUUUGGGAUUAAAAACAGGCACUUACCACACCUUGCUGAGACCUAAUCUCAAGACAAACAUCAAAACCAACUGUAAGCUGGUUGGGAGGGAAGUUAAGGAGUCCCUGCCAGGUACAAUGUCAUAUGUGAUUUCAGUUCUUGUAGGUGGGAACCCACUUACAAUAGGCAAGAGCUAAGAGAGGUCAAGAACAUAUACGACUAUGGGGUCAACUAUGGCUUUUUCCUAGUUCAUUAAAACUCAGUAUUUGCCCUCCUUUGCUCCUCCUAUGGAAAGGUGGAUCAGGAAAGGUGAUGCUACAUCCUUAGAAUUGUGUCCAAGGAUGGGCUCGCCACCUUGGUGCCUUUCCAUGUGCGCAGUGUGGUGAUAUAAAUAAAUCCAUGGUCACUCUGGGGAAGACUAGCUGACUUGAGGAGAAAUCACUUGUACCACAUUGAACCAGCGACAGUCUCAGAGGGUACUGUCUCAUCUUGGCCAACAUUGGUUGAACUAAUUAAUGCUUCUUAUUUCUGUUUUGAACUGCAGAGACUUAGUGAUAAAACUGGGCCUGUAGCUCAAGAGAAAAGUUGACACUUGAAAAUGGCCAGAACUCGCCUUUCCUGCUGUUCUGUGCUUCACUGGCUGCUGCAGUGUCUGCCACAGCUAUGAAGAAUGGAGGCGGGAACACACAGGGGAGGAUGCCACACACUCCCUUGUAAGGCUCUGAUUUUCUUGUUGCUUUGUUGCACUGAAAUGGAAUUCCUAUAUACCCAUCCCCUACCAAAGUGUUUGAACUUCGGAAGAAAAAUUAAUAACUUUUUGUCAAUGAAAUAAUUCAUAUGCAAUGAGUUUAUCAAUCCAAGAAAAAUGUAAUGUGCUUGCUGCACAGCUAGUUUUGUUAUAAAUUGGAAACAUAAAACUAAAGACUAUUCUAUUUGGAAACCACUUGGUUAUAUCAUAAAAGUUGGAAUAUAACUAUCUUAUUGGGAUAGAGUGUGCUUGUUCCACGGGGCAGAUCUUAAGUUUUGAGAACUGUCUAAUAUCUUCUCUUGGAGUUGUAUUCAUUAAAUAUUGUUAUUAUACAGAUCCUCAACUGGGGCUUUGCAAAUGUUUUAAAGAAUUCCUUUCUAAUGAGAUUUGUCCAUUUGGAGAUCAAAUUAGGAUGGAGACAACUGCUUCUGCUAACAGUAGUUUUCUUUUGCAAAAGAAAAAAAUUUUGUGUGUGUGUUAAAACCUACUCUUGAGUUAAGGGAGCUGUAAGGCUGCUGGGAGAACUAGAUCAAUUGGAUGAGAACAGUUUCUUUCAGAAAGAUACACCAAUGUGGAAACUGCUGCAAGGUUCUAGCAUCAAAUUGCCUGUUGGGACCUCCCUGGAUAGAAAGGGCUCUGUACUGCCGGGCAGGCCACUUGUGCCAGCAGCUUCCCCGUGCUUCUGUCUCUGUUGAACCUUUCUGUGCCACCAGAGAGAGCUCAGGCAAACUGACUGUCCACAAGGAAACAAGUAGACCUGGGAAGAGUCUACAUGCUUGCUUAUCUCAUCAGCCUCAAACCACCCACUGGAACAGGCACACCACCACAGUUCCUAAAACCUGUCCCACAGCCUUCCGACUUAGCCAUGCCCCGAGUAGCCAUGCUCUUGAUUGUGACAAUAUGGCAGCCUAGUAGGUUAGACAGUUGGGGAUAUAAUCAUUGGUCUGUUUCUGAAACACAUGAAUUACUGGUGGGAAAGGCCCAACUGCAGUUCGACCUCCACUGUGUGCUUAGCUGGAAGACCAUGUGCACGGCUUAGCAGUCUGUCUUCUGUGACACUGCACACCUCUUACCUCACUUCUGUAAAUAAGGUUGUGAAUCUGUUUUGUAAUGUGAAAAAUUCAUAAGAUAACAUUGAUAUUUUGAUUUGUAAUAUUUCUAAUUGGUAGAUUUAAUUGAAAAGUAAAAUUAAUUUAUUUUUAUAUGUUCAGGGGAAUUUUAAAGAAAGUCAAACCUUUUGUAGAUAAUUUAAAAGAAUCAGUGUGGUUUAUUUUAUAUAUGUAACCCACUGGUUGUUAUUCUGUAACAAUUUGUAUAAAUGGUAAAUUUUUGAAUGUGCUGUUAUUUUACUUAGAUGUAAAAUUCCACAUGUAUUAAAAUGUACAAAGUUUUUGUUAAUAAAAUUUAAUGAUGUUUAUA